AUGCCCAUCCCCACCGGCUCCUCAACCACUGCCCGUCAGACCACCUCUGGGCCAGUCGACUCGCAAUCAGCAGCCGCCGCCGCAGGCGCAACAGGAGCGGGCGUCGACUCCGGGGCUGGAACGACGCGGCAGAAGACGGAGGCCGAGAGGGAGGCGGAUCGGCUGUACGAGGAGCGGAUGGAGGAGGAGUAUGCUAAGAGGGAGGGGGGUUCCUGA